AGCGGCCCCCCCGGAUUGGGCAGGAGGCGGCGGCGGCGGCGGCGCGGUGCGCGCGCGGGCAGGCUUGCGUCCGGCGGUGGGGCCGCGGACAUGUGGAGCGGGCACGGUACCUUCGACGGCGGGUUCGGCGCCUCGGGCCCUGCGGGCGGUUACGCGCAGUCUCCGGGCGGUUUCGGCUCACCCGCGGGCACGCAGGCGGAGAGGAAGCAGAGAGUCCGCUCCCAGAACAUCGUGCCCUGCACCGUGUCGCAGCUGCUGGCGGCCGAGCAGGUGGACGAGACCUUCCGGAUCCGCGACGUGGAGAUCUCCCAGGUCACCAUCAUGGGGAUAAUUCGGCACGCCGAGAAAGCACCCACAAACAUUCUCUACAAAGUGGAUGAUAUGACGGCAGCGCCGAUGGACGUCAGACAGUGGGUUGAUACUGAUGAGGCAGGUAGUGAGAAUGUUGUGGUACCUCCAGGAACUUAUGUGAAAGUAGCUGGUCACCUUCGGUCUUUCCAGAAUAAGAAAAGCUUGGUGGCAUUUAAGAUCAUGCCUCUGGAAAAUAUGAAUGAGUUCACAACACACAUACUAGAGAUUGUCAAUGCGCAUAUGAUCCUCAGAAAAAAUCUUAUGUCAACAUCAAGAGUGCCGCAGUCAUUUACCACCGGUGGGAUAGGUGACAUGGGGGGCUAUGGAGGAGGUGGCAGCCUGCCAGUGAACGGACUCACAGCACAUCAGAGCCAGGUGCUGAACUUGAUUAAAAACUGCCCUGUCCCAGAAGGUAUGAGUCUUCAAGAGUUGAAACUUCAGCUCCACAAUAUGAGCAUGUCAACAAUCAAGCAAGCUGUUGAAUUCCUUAGCAGUGAGGGACAUAUCUACUCCACUGUGGAUGAUGAUCACUAUAAGUCAACGGAUGCUGAGUGAAGUUACUUCCAGCUGGAUUUAGUUCUAAGCAAAUGCUCGUCCGUGUUUCAAGUUAUCCUGCCGAGCUUUGUGACAUGGAAGGUGAUCUUUGCUCUUUCUAGCCUCUGAAAGUCCCAGUUACUCUGAGCACUUCUGUCUUGGAAUUCAAGGAUGAGCAGAACAUAUAGGAUUCUGUUAACUGGACUUAAUUAUGUGCUCUGACCAUGUGACUGAAAGCAUAAACAGAUGUGGGAAAACAAAAUUCCUCCAAGCUUCAGUUUGGUUUUGUCACCUUAGAGGAUACCUGUGUUAGAAGAACCUCUUUCUAAUCUUGUCCUGGGAGGAUUGUCUUUUGUUUCCAGAGCUGUUUCUCCUAACUCAGCUUUCACUCCAUUUCUUUUACAAAGUGGGUAGCCAUGAGUAUAUUCCACUAAUGUACAGUAAUCAUGAAUAGAUUUUUAAUUGGUUUAGUUUCAGCAUUUAAAUCUAUAUUUGUACUAUGAGCUGACCUUGUUACUAGAGCUUUUGAAUGUUUUCCAAUAAAACUUUAACUUCGGUAGUCUUGCA